GUCUGCACAUGCGCAGAACCGACCGGGUUUCCGGUAGCGACUUCGAUGGCGGACUCGGCGGCUGUGGCUUCUUGGAGAAGUUUAAAUCUUAUAAUAUGACAGAAAAUAUGGCAAGAAAUACCUCAAAUAUGCGACUUUUCUAACACCAAGAAACGGAAGUUGAGUGUGGAGCGAUGGAGUGUUAUCUGAAGUGAAGAUAGAAGACGUGAUAGAAGAUGGACGACUACUGCUAUGCUAAGAUGGCGACGUCCGCUAAAAGAGAACAUGAAAGAGAAUCACUAAAGGAGAUAAAGACGAAAGAUGAAGAAGAUAAAGACGUCCAGCAGCUGAUUGGUCAUCCAGAAGAACUUCUCACUCCGUUGCUGGCUGGGAGAUCCACUUUGAAGCAAGAGACUCCACAACCACCCUGCAUUAAAAAGGAAGAGGAGGAACUCUGGAUCACUCAGGAGGGAGAGUGUCUUCUCGGACCACAGGAAGCUGAUUUCACUAAGUUGCCACUGACUGUUUUCUCUGUGAAGACUGAAGAUGAUGAAGAGAAACCACAAGCAGACAACCUCUUAACUUCACUUUCAGAUAGUGAGGCUGAAGAUGAGGUUGAAGUAACUUUGAGCAGCGAUACAGACUGUGAAGGUGAUAUGAGGACUCACACUGACAACAAACAUUCUGAUUGCUCUAAAAAGAAGAGAGGUAAAACGCAUUUCAGCUGCUCAGUUUGUGCGAAAAGCUUUACCAAAAAGUACAAUUUCACUCAACACAUGAGAACACACACAGGAGAGAAACCAUUUAAAUGUUCAGUUUGUAGUAAAAGCUUUUCUCAAAAUAGCAUUUUGACUGUACACAUGAGAUUACACACAGGAGAAAAAACAUUUAGUUGCUCUGUUUGUGGGAAAAGCUUUUCGAUAAAGAGUUAUUUGACCAAACACAUAAGAACACACACUGGCCAAAAACCAUUUAUUUGCUCAGUUUGCGGUAAAAGCUUUUCUCGAAACAGCUAUUUGAUUCCACACAUGAGAACACACACAGGAGAAAAACCGUUUAACUGUUCAGUGUGCUGUAAAAGCUUUUCUGUAAAGUGCAAUUUGAUCGAACACAUGAAAAAACACACCAAAGAAAAAACAUGUUCAGUCUGCGGCAAAAGAUUCCAUCGUAAGUCAGACGCAGUAAAACACAUAAGAACACACACGGUAGAUAACCAAUCAGCUGUUUAGUUUGUGGUCAAUCAAUCAAUCAAUGUUUAUUUAUAUAGCCCUAAAUCACAAGUGUCUCAAAGGGCUGCACAAGCCACAACGACAUCCUCGGUACAGAGCCCACACAUGGUAUGUUGCUCAUAUGUGGCGACUUCCACCUUAACCCAGGACCUCCUCAAAUACCUCUGUGAAGUUUGCCCCUCGCCCCCACUCCCCACCUUGUCCAGAUUUUCUCAAACUUGUCCCAAUCGUUUGUGCUACUUUUGUGCUGGAAACAUUUUUUGGUCUAAUUAAUAAAGUUUUUUUUAGGUAUUAAUGUUUCAGUAUUCAUAAUUGAUACACCUUUU